AUGACUGCAAGGCGCCGUCAACUUCAGCGGCUGCAGGCAGCAGAGGAUAGCUGGGCACAGGAGCGCACUGGCCUGCAAGGCCAGCUGGCGGUCCAAGCCACCGAGAUCUCCACGCACACCUCUGAGAUCGAGCUACUGCAACAGAAGCUUGAGCAGGAGCGCGCGAGCUCGGUGCUUGUGCAGCAGCAGCUGGAGACGGAACGCCAAAGCCGGCAGAAGAUGGGCGAGGAGCAGCAUGGGAUGCAACAGACUCUUGAGGAGGAGCGCACCCUGCACGUGAACCUGCAGCAGCAACUGGAGUCGGACCUUGCGUCUGCAAGGAAGGCUUUGCAGGAGGAAAAGGCGGCCCAACGACAGGCGCUCGAAGAGGAGAGGAGAAAAACUCGGCAACUCCAGGGCGACUUCGGCUCUGAGGUGGAGACGCUGCAGCAGCGGCUGGAGGAUGAGAAGGCCCAGCAGCGGCUUUUGCAGGAGGAGCGGGAUCUCUUGCAGAGAAAGCUGGAGGAGGAACGCCAAAGCCGGCAGAAGUUGGGCGAGGAGCAGUAUGGGAUGCAGCAGACUCUCGAGGAGGAGCGCACCCUGCACGUGAACCUGCAGCAGCAGCUAGAGUCGGACCUUGCGUCUGCAAGGAAGGCUUUGCAGGAGGAAAAGGUGGCCCAACGACAGGCGCUCGAAGAGGAGAGGAGGAAAACUCGGCAACUCCAGGGAGACUUCAGCUCUGAGGUGGAGACGCUGCAGCAGCGGCUGGAGGAUGAGAAGGCCCAGCAGCGGCUUUUGCAGGAGGAGCGGGAUCUCUUGCAGAGAAAGCUGGAGGAGGAACGCCAAAGCCGGCAGAAGUUGGGCGAGGAGCAGUAUGGGAUGCAGCAGACUCUCGAGGAGGAGCGCACCCUGCAUGUGAACCUGCAGCAGCAGCUGGAGUCGGACCUUGCGUCUGCAAGGAAGGCUUUGCAGGAGGAAAAGGUGGCCCAACGACAGGCGCUCGAAGAGGAGAGGAGAAAAACUCGGCAACUCCAGGGCGACUUCGGCUCUGAGGUGGAGACGCUGCAGCAGCGGCUGGAGGAUGAGAAGGCCCAGCAGCGGUUUCUGCAGGAGGAGCGGGAUCUCUUACAGAGAAAACUGGAGGAGGAACGCCAAAGCCGGCAGAAGUUGGGCGAGGAGCAGCAUGGGAUGCAGCAGACUCUUGAGGAGGAGCGCACCCUGCAUGUGAACCUGCAGCAGCAGCUGGAGUCGGACCUUGCAUCUGCAAGAAAGGCUUUGCAGGAGGAAAAGGCGGCCCAACGACAGGCGCUCGAAGAGGAGAGGAGAAAAACUCGGCAACUCCAGGGCGACUUCGGCUCUGAGGUGGAGACGCUGCAGCAGCGGCUGGAGGAUGAGAAGGCCCAGCAGCGGUUUCUGCAGGAGGAGCGGGAUCUCUUGCAGAAAAAAAUCGAGGAGGAGCGCAGCCGGCGAGACGUGCAGCGGAAGAGCGGUGCCGAGCUCGAGCUCUUGCAGCAGAGGUUCGCCGAGGACCAAUCAGAGCUGCGACAGCAGCUGGAGCAAAGGGCGCAGGAGAAGACGAGCCUCCAACAGCAGCUUGACCAGGCGAAGCAGGAGCGCGUCUCCAUGCGGCGCCAGAUGGACGAGGCCUUGCGCACGCUGUCGGACUCCGAGGCGUAUCAGAAUCGCUUGGAGCAGGAGAGGGAGGAAGCGCUGUCAAAGAUGGAUGAGGAGCAGGCGGCCAACCGCAAGCUCAAGCAGCAGCUGGAGACGGCGCAGACCAAAAUCCAAAGGCAGCAAGAGGAGGCGGAGCAGUUGAGCUCCAGCAUGCAACGAGCCCGGGCCGACUCGGUGCCGCGGGACGACUUCUUGGAGAUGCAACAGCAGCUCGAGGCCUUGCAGAAGGAGCGGGAGCUGCUGCGGGGGGACGUGGCGCAUCUGAAGAAGUCCCUGGAGCAACGGCGCCAGGCGGAGAGUAGUCUCCGGGAAGCGUUGGAGGAAGAGAGGAGAAACCAGCGGAUCGCACGCCAAGAGGUGAAGGUGCUCCGGUCCUCCCUGAGCAACGCUUCACAGGACGGAAUGCCUGACACGCCGCGGAGGAGCCUGCAAGGAGAGACCGAUUUGCAGCAAUUGUCCAGGGGCACAGCGCUGCGCAGGGCAUCUGCUGGUCCGGCAACGAGCUUCGCCUUCGAGCCACUGGUGAACCUGUCCACUUCGGGCGGGAAUCAAAUGAAUCAGAUGGCGGAGGUGGACAUGACUGGGGCGCAGGAGUGGACUCCAGGGGAUGCAGACAGUGACGCCACCCUCUCGGAGGAGGAGCUGGAUUUGACCUCAGUACGGCGGUGA